CAUUCGCCCAGUCAUUAACCACUGCCACCACAAAUAUCACGUGAUCUACAUACAACAACAACAGGACAAUAAUAACAAAAAUGGCGGAGACGCAGACGAACAUUGUGAAAAAUCCGUGUUUAUUGUGUAGCAAAACCCAGCAUUUUAAUUUAUAUAGUGGAAUUCACUCAUCUUCAUUAAUUAGUAAAAUUUCAUGUUUGGUACAAGUCGAUGUUCAACGUUGUAUUGAUAAAAGGUCUGGUGUCUGCAAGUCUUGCCAUCUGAAAAUAAACUCUUCUUUUGAAUUUGUACAAUUAAUAAAAGAAAAACUUAGCAUUAAUGAAGGCGUUCAAAACGCAGAAAAGCGUGGGGCUAGCAGUCCAAUUACUCCCCAGUUACAAAAAACUGUAAAGGCUCCGAAAACAAAUUUGGGACCUGAAAACAGUUCCAGAAAACAUUGCAAACAAGCAGAGUUCUCGUCCCUUCUUCACCAUACACCUCUGAAAUGGGCUCAGUGACAAGAAUCUUGUCAAAACUAAAAAAAAUAUUUUAUCCUCCUAAAUGAGUUUAAUAUGAAUUAAACCUGGCAUAAAUAUACAAAUAAUUUACCUAAAAAGUUCCAAACUUUGAAAUAUAAUGAUUGUAUUUACAUAUUUUAUACAAAGACCUAUAGAUAACAUAUAGUUAUCUAUAGGUCUUUGUUUUAUACAAUAAGUCUAUUUUUCUCGUAAAUAUUUUAAAAGUGUAAUAUAUGACAGCCCAAAAUUGCUGAAUUCUUCAUUUCUGCCCUUGUGUUUCAAGAGAGAAUACUUUCCAUCCAAAUGGAGAGAGAUCUGGGUUCAUAUCCCAAUAGGGGCUUAAGAUGAUGCAUGCAAUAUUUUGUUGUUUUAUUUUCUAAAAACAAUAAAUUAAUGAUAAAGAAAUUAAUUUAGUAAGAGUUUUAACAUGUAAUAAUACUAUAGUAUUCAUAUAAUGAGUGGAUUUUAGAAUUAGUCAUGUCUUGAGUUUGUUUGUCAUUAUGAACAUUUUGUUUUAUAUCAAAUUUUUAUAAGUGACAUAAUACUUAAAUUUAGAUUUGAUAAAAGAAUAUUAUGUUUAUAAUUAGGUGCUACGAAAAGCUGUUCAGGAUCUGAUUUUGAAGGAGAUCGAGGAUGAGGUUUUCCUACUUUCAUCCAGAAAUGUUGCCUUGUCUAGUGUUCUUAUUCGAUAUCGCAGCAUUGAAAGCUUGUUUGAGAAUGGAGAACAUCUGAUCAAGGAGAUCAUUAGUGAAAUGUCAGAAAGAUCAUAAUUAUGACUCAGUAAAGACAACUUAUGUAAUAAAAAACCAACAUGCAACAAUUUGUUGAAUUAUAUAAUGGGCUUAUCAACAUAAAAUAACAUUCAAUCUGUUACAAGUAAUAAAGGAAUUGUCAACAUAAUACAAGUGAAAAAAACGGAGUGUUGAAGCAAAAAAGUGAACUAAGCAAUUCCAACAAGGACAAUGUUUUCACGACUGGCAAAGUUCAGAAAGAGCAGUGAUGAGUACCAGGAUUUGGACCGUGUUGAGAUGGACAUUACCGACCCAGCAAUGCGGCGCUACGCUGGCUUUUCUGAUGCUGAGAUACAGCCGGACGAAGGAGUAUCUCAACCAGAGCCUCAUGAAGAGACAUUUACGAUCCAGCAGGCGAUAGACAACAUUGGAUUUGGAAAGUUCCAGGUUAAACUCUCCAUUCUCACGGGGUUGGCCUGGAUGGCAGAUGCCAUGGAGAUGAUGAUCUUGUCCAUCCUGUCUCCAGCCCUGCACUGUGACUGGCAGAUCAACGAGUGGAAACAGGCUCUCAUCACCAUGAUUGUUUUCUGUGGCAUGAUGUGUAGCUCCAGCAUUUGGGGCAGUAUCUGUGACAAAUAUGGCAGAAAGUCGGAGCUGAUUUUGUGCUCUGUGUUUACUUGUUACUUUGGGUUCAUUAGCGCCUUUGCCCCCAAUUUCAUCUGGCUUCUGGUAUUGAGAGGCUUGGUUGGAUUUGGCAUUGGUGGGGCACCGCAGUCGGUGACCCUGUACUCAGAGUUCCUCCCCACAGCCACCAGAGCCAGAUGUAUUGUAUUGGUUGAGAUAUUCUGGGCUAUCGGUGCGAUGUUUGAGGUGUUGCUGGCCCUCGUAGUGAUGCCUACCUUGGGCUGGCGAUGGCUGCUGGCUCUGUCUGCACUUCCACUCCUCAUCUUCUCAUUCUUCUGUAUUUGGCUGCCAGAAAGUGCACGCUUUGACAUGACCCGUGGAAAUAGGACCCGAGCCCUGGCCACCAUUGAAAGGAUUGCUAGGGACAACGGCAGGCCAAUGCCUCUAGGAAAACUUGUGGAGCCAUCUCUCAAAAGCUCAAAACGUGGUAUGGUGAGAGACCUGUUCAUACCAGAACUUAGGAAGACAACAAUCAUUCUCUGGGUUAUAUGGCUGGUGUCAGCAUUCUCCUACUAUGGGAUUGUCCUGAUGACCACGGAACUCUUUGAAACACCAGAUGGAUGUCAUGGCACUACAAAGGACAAGUCUCCAUCAGACCCAGGCUGCUUUGUUCACUGCAAGUCGCUCACCCGUGAUGACUACGUGGACCUCACAUGGACCACAUUCGCGGAGUUUCCUGGUGUGUUUCUAACUUUGUUUAUAAUCGAGCGAUUUGGAAGAAAAAUCACCAUGGCAGUGGAGUUUUUCUUCUUCGCCGUGUUUGUACUUCUAGCCAACAUCUGUACCAUAAGACCAGUCCUGACAUUUUUCCUGUUUGUUGCGCGAGCCCUGAUAUCAGGUGCCUUUCAAGGGGCGUAUGUGUACACGCCUGAGGUGUACCCUACCUCAAUGAGGGCCAUAGGGCUAGGCAUGUGCAGUAGCAUGGCCAGAGUGGGCGCCAUAGUAACACCAUUUGUGGCACAGGUCCUUCUUAAGGUAUCUGCAUAUGUUGCAAUAUCAACCUAUGGAGUGAUGUCAUUGAUUGCUGCAGUUGCCUCCAUCAUGUUGCCCAUAGAAACCAAGGGCAGAGAAAUGAAGGAUCAUGGUGAGGAUAUCAAGGUCAAGAAACCAAGUUAAUUACUGAUUAGACCAUAUCCGGAACGUGUAAUAUAUUUCUGUGUAAAGCUUACAGUGUAGGUCAUACUAAAUAUUGUUGUUAUCAUGGUACAUUCUGUUUAGUGUUUCUGUGUUCAGAUUGAAGAGAGAUAUUUCAAUACUGUUUAAUUUAAUCAUAUUUUGAUAUAUAUAUGUUGAAUAUACUAUUGUUGUUUAUUUAUAGAUUAAUUUUUAAAAUGUAUUCUUAUGUUUUCUAUUUUUACGUUCUGUACUAUUUUUCAUAAUUUUUCAAAUAAGAAUGCGUGCUGGGGACCAACAUCUAUGUUCAUUCCAGUGCAUGCUGGGGACCAACAUCUAUGUUCAUUCCAGUGCAUGCUGGGGACCAACAUCUAUGUUCAUUCCAGUCACAGACUCUAGAUGAGAUCAAUAUACGCUCCGUGUUCCAGUUCAGUAAUUGAGUUGGUGUCUUGGAAAGCCAGGCUUAAUGCAAAUGCAUCAAGUAUUUAGCCCAGAUUUGCCUUUGAAGUUUGCACAGGUUAAUCGGGUAUGAUUCUUUACUCUAAGACCUUUUUUCGCUUAGAAGAGACUUCAUUUUUAACAAACAAUUCCACAAAAGCCUUAAGUUUUCUCCCAGGUUAGCUAAUUGAUUAAAAACAGUGUUUACAAGUCAUUAUUUUUAAACCCCAGGUAUAAUGCAUAUUUUGACCAUAAUUUGUUGCCUAUUUGGAUAUUAUGUUAAAAUGUACUUCAGAGCUUUUUUGAAUUGUAAUGAAAAGUGUUAUUUCACAUAAUCUUGUUUAAGGGAUCAAAUACUCUUAUAUGACAUAUAACAGGGGGUACUAUAGCUUACACUAAAAUAAAUAUACUGUUGUGAAAUCUACAAUGAACACCAGUCCUCGAAGAUCUUACAUUCAGUUCAGUUUGUUUUCUGCUUUUGGUAUAUAUGUAGUAUGUUUACAGCACAUUUGAACACACAAUUUAAAUGCAAUAUUAAAUUAGAAUGUGCAUUCCACUCUUAAGUCUAUUGUCAAAAUAGAACUUUAUUAUGUGUGUAUAAUAGUCUUCUAUCAGCCACAAAAUAACCAUAUGUGCAGAUUUGUUUAACAUCAGAUCAUCAAAAUGUUGGUAUAACUCAUAAACAACUCUGAUAUAAAUAUUCCUCUACUCUAUUUUUGGAAAUGCGGCUUCCUUCAUCAUCUCGAUUUAUGUAUUUUUACACCUUUUUUUGUCACAGCUACAUCAUUUAUUGUAUUUAUGUUAUUAUAAUACUUGUUUAUUUAGUAACAUCUUGGUGUAUCAUUUGUCUUGUGACAUAUUUACUGUGUGUUGUAAGUUCAUUUACAUUUGGGUCUUGUGCGAAGUUUUGUUAUUUGUCUACAAUACAUUAUUUUGUGGCCACAUUCGUUGCAAUUUAUGAUUUUAUUAGCUCCUCUGGCCAGAGGCCAGCAGGGCUUAUGUCAUGGUCCUGUGUCCGUCAUGUGUGCGUUAACUUUUCCUUAAAACAUCUUCUUCUCCUAAACUACUGGUCCAAUCCUGAUGUAAUUUCUCAGGAAUGUACCUGGGGUGAAUCUUUUUCAAAUUUGUUCAAAUUAUGCUCCUGGGGUCAAAUUUGACCCUGCCGGGGGGGGGGGGGGUCAAAAAAUUGAAAAUUUGCUUAUAUAAGGCCUAUUUUGUGAAAACUUUAAAAACCUCUCAUCCAUAACCAUUGGGCCUAGGGCUCCAAAAUUUGUUAUGUAGUGACAUCUUAUAGUCCUCUACCAAGUUUUUUCAAAUUAUGCCCCUGGGGUAAAAUUUGACCCUGCCCCGGGGGGUCAGAAAUUUGAAAAUUUGCUUAUAUAAGAUCUAUUUUGUGCAAACUUUAAAAUCUUCUUGUACAUAACCGUAUGGCAUAGGGCUUCCAAAUUUGGUAUGUAAUGACAUCUAAUAGUCCUCAGCCAAGUUUGUUCAAAUGAAGCCCCUGGGUUCAAAUUUGACCGUUCCCCAGGGGUCACAAAAUUGAACAUAUGCUUAUAUUGGGCCCAUUUUGUGCAAACUUUUCAAAUUCUUGUCCAUAACCAUUUAGCCUAUUUCUACCAAAUUCGGUAUGUAGUGACAUCUAAUAGCUCUCUACUUAGUUUGUUCAAAUUAUGCCCCUGGGGACAAAUUUGACCCUGCCCCUGGGGGUCACAAAAAAUGAACAUAUGCUUAAAUAAGGCCUAUUUUGUGCAUCUUCUUGUUCAUAAUUAUAGAGCCUAGGGCUACUAAAUUUGGUGUAUAGUGAUAUCUAAUAGUCCUCUACCAAAUUUGUUCAAAUUUUUCCCCUGGGCUCAAAUAAAUUUGACCCUUCCCCGGGGGUCACAAAACUGAACAUAUGACGUUUACCAGGGGAGAUUACUGCGGCCGUGUGACCAACAACAACAACAACAUCUUGUAAACAUGAGAUAAAACCCUGUCAUUUAGUGCCAUUUAGAUCAGAUGGUGACUGCUUACAAAGGAAUGGAAGUAAGAACAUGAGUUAUGAAUGUUUUUCUUAUAAACUGAAACAAAUCGGGUUUUAUUUAAAUAUGUCAAAAGUGAACAUAUAUCCGGAUACAAAUAUUUCGGAUGACAUGUUAAUUUCAUGUCUUUUUUGUAGUGUUUAAACCAGUUUAAUAAUAUCUUAUUGAUUUUAAAAACGCAACUUCCAUGAACAUAAUUCUUUCAAGAAAAGUCAAUAUAUGAAACUGCAUGGUAAACUCAAACUUUGUAUCCAAGAGAAGGUGUUGGAAUUAAUGAAGUGCAAUGUUCUUAUGGUGGACGAACCAGUUAUCGAACACCUAAGAAAUUACGUUAAAUUACCUUAAAAUUGAAACACUUAAAAUGACAAAAACAUUUUGUUUUAACAAAUGACUAACAGUUCAAUCAUUGAAUGAUUUAUCUGUAAAGUUUUCCAGCAAACUACCUUCAAGAAUUCAUAACAAUGAUUCCCUGAUUAUUGUCACCUCUAGCAGACAAAACAAAAUGGCGGCCAAUGUAAACAUGACCUAUUACCCGACAUUUCAUAAAUACUACUCCAGUAUAUACAAAGUCACAUAACUAUCACGUGACCCGGACUCGGUGAAAAAAUCUGCGUCUGCUGCAAUCAAAAUUGCAAACGGAAAUAUGCUUUUUGGUGUGUAAAUGCAUGUUUUGAUAAAUGCAUUCAAAAAGUAAUAGCAAAAAACACACAAAACGGUGUAUAUAACAAUAAAUGUUUUCCUUUAACCUGUUUUCGGCGCAUUUGUUUCAAGCUUAGUAGGCAAGUAGGUCAUGGACUUCAUGUGCGACCAUUUGUUUAUCAAUGUGACGUCAUGCACACUUUUGCGCAUGUGCAAAAAGAACCAAAACAAAAUGUCCGAUAAUAGGUGCUGUUCGAUAACAGGUACUUACACGAUAACUAUCGUAUAUGCUGCUUUUUAAUUACUAAUGAUUCGUUGUUCCAUUUGUGAAUCGUGACUCAUGAAUUGUGGAUAUGAUUGUCAAUUGCUCAACAAUCCAUAUAUAUUUCUGACCAUUUUAUAAUUUUCUUAAUAUAAGUUAUAAAUUGAUCUUAGAAGUCAAAUGUAUUACUUAAUUAAAUACAUUUAUAAAUAUAAAGAAAUAAUCUUAAGAUUAUCAUAACAUUCUCAGGCCUGUUGGUCUUUGGGAUUUGUGGGUUGUUAAUUAUAUUUUGAGAUGAUUCUUUACAAAGAAAGAUGCUACUAUUGUAUUUGUUAUAAAUGUGUGAAAGGCUCUAAGAAGGAACCAGAGAUUAUUAACCCUUUACCAAACACUAACAGGAUUUUACGGGUUUGUAGCUGACAACUUUUAAAUAAUUGUGAUAAAAGGAGAAAUUGCUCAAGAUGAGCAAUUUCUCCUUUUAUCACAAUUAUUUCUACCUUACCUGAUAAUUUCCUUCAUAUUCCAAAACAAUUUAAUUGUCGUCUGCAACCUCUUUCAAAUUGGGAAAGUCCAAAAUGUGUCGUUUGGUAAAGGGUUAAGGCAUUUUGAUUCCUAUGGGUCUUUGAAUCUGUUUCAAAUCAAAUGCGUAGAUUUGAUCUUCAGCAUCUAAAAUUAUGUGAAAUAGAAAGAACGAAAAUAUCUUUUGGAGAGAUAAAUGUACCUACGUUAUAAGCAAAGGACCUGUGCAACAAUUCCCGGGCUUUUUAGUCUGUUUUGUUCACACGCUAGUAACUUUUUCCAUGUAUAAAAAUGCUUACCCUGCCAACUUUUAAGCGCCCAGUGGGACGAGGGAUAGAAAGAGAAAGUCACAUGCUUGAGUACAUUUCAACCAAUGUGCAUUGCAUGUUUUUUUCGCAUAAAAACAGUGGAGCGAUACAGGGCCAUCAUGGCCCUCUUGUUUUAAUUUGUUAUCGUAUGUAUUGAAAAUUGAUUGGAUUUUCAUUUAUAAAGUUUGUUGGCUGUUUAACAUGUAAAAGCUGGUUAUAUCGUGUAUUAUCAAUAUAUUGCUAUAUAAUCUAAGCAUAUUGCAAAAUAUUUUGAUAAGUUAAUAUGAUAGAGUAUUCUUAAAUUGUACUUAAAUUUUAUUCACUUUACAUAUUGAACCAUCCUUGUAUCUGGUGUGCUACCAUUUUUUCAAUGUAGACAAAUGGAAAUAUGGCAAUAAGCAAUAUACAGGGACCUUUAAUUUAAAUUACACAUAAGCUUAUGUCACAUAUUAUUUGUAAGCUAUGUUUUGUGACAGUUGAGUUUACUCUUAGUGAUGUAUUCAGAAGUCCAAGUAUCACAUGCCUGAGAGUGCUACUCUACAAACACAAUUUAUAAGCCCCCUACUGGUUUCACCGGAGGGGACUUAUGGUUUUUGCUGUGUCAGUCAGUCAGUCGGUCUGUCACACUUUUCUGGAUCCUGCGAUAACUUUUAAAGUUCUUAAAAAAAUUCAUGAAACUUAAAACAUUGAUAGAUGGCAAUAUGGACAUUAUGCAUGUCAUUUCUUUUGUUCAUACGUCAAAAAUUCUGGUUGCUAUGGCAACAAAUAGACUAGAAAUACUGCUGAAAAUGGUGGUUUUCUGGAUCCUGCAAACUUUAAAAGUUCUUAUUAAUUUUGCAUGAAACUUGAAACAUGAAUAGAUGGCAAUAUGGACAUUAUGCACGUAUUUCAUUUUGUUCAUACAUCAAAAAUUCUGGUUGCUAUGGCAACAAAUAAUUAAAAAAAUUAUCUGAAAAUGGUGGAAUUUCUGACAAUGGUGGAAUCGGUAGGGGACUUAUAUUGCUUGCCAAUAGUCUUGUUAUUCCAGAUUUCUGCUUUGUAACUAUUUAUGAUUUAUUUGACAGUCACUUGGUGGAAACUCUUUUGUUAAGAUGUUUGGCCUUCAUAUGAUUGCUUUAGUUUUUCAUAGAAAGAUUGCUGAAGCUUUCACAGCUACCAUUGCUACCAUGACAUUAUUAUUUGAUAUUCUUUACUUUUUUUGCUUUUAUGCUAUUUGUAUUGAUUUGUUCUUUUGCAAUUUUAACUCAUAACAUUUCUUCUGCCAUAGAGAGAUGGCCUCUUAAUGCAUGUGUGUAAAUUGUCGCCCAGAUUAGCUUGUACAGUCCUCUCAGGCUAAUUAGGGACCACAUGUUCUGUUUGUAUGGUAUUUAUUGUUUGAAAGUAAAAAUCAUGUUUAUUUGGUAAGUGUUAUCCCUGAUUAGCCUGUAGGCUUUAUAGACUGCAUUCAUUUAACCCUUUUUUUCCAGAGCGCAUUGCUUGAUUUAUUUACAUAUUUAUCAGAAAAAGAUUUUCUUAAUUUUUAGGCCAAAUCACAAUAUUUGCUUAUUGGUCUAGUGUUUAAUGUUUCUAGUGCAACAUUUUCAUAAUUGUUUAUUUAGUGUAAUAUUUAUAUAAUGAUAACGUUGUUUCAGCAUCUUGAUGCAAGAUUAAUAUUAAGAUUGUACUGUGUGUCAGUCUGACCUGUCAUAUGACCAUCUGUCUUUCCAUACAUGACAGGUGAAGUAAAUUUUACUAUUUGUUGUAGCACCCACUCUGCGUGCUGAAUUGUUUUACAAUAACACAAAUGUACCCAUAACCCCAAACCUUUACUUUGACCUUGUUUUUAGAAAUGGGCUAUCAAGCUUCAAAACUGUGUCUGCCAAACACAGAAUCUCAUGCGCUUUAUCUUCAUUAAGAGUCUCAUACCUUUUUGAACGUUUUUGUUGUUCUAUAUUUAUGAACCCCUUCCAAAAAGAGGGGGUAUUUUGUUUUGCUAGAUGUCGGUAGGUUAGUAGACCAGUUUGUUUCCGAUCCAUACCUUUUAAACAGAUUGACCAAUUGUCUUGAUACUUUGUCCAUAUGCAUUUGCCAGUAGAUGACAUCUAUUGAAAUUGGGAUCAUUAGGUGACAAGUCAAGGUCACUGUCACAAAAAGAAUGAAAAAUGGUUUGAAUAGAUAACUUGUGAACGGAGAGAUAUAUGGGCUUGAUACUUCCCAUUUGAAUUGGCAUUAGCCGUGGAUGGCCCCUACUGAAAUUGGGGUAACUAGGUCAAAGGUCACUGUCACAAUAAGUGUGAAAUCUGUUCUGAUCAAUAAAUCCUCAACUGAUUUACUGAUUGGCUUGAUACUUCCCAUGUUCGUUGGCCUUGGACAGUGGAUGACCCCUCUUGAAAUUAGGGUCACUAGGCCAAAGGUCGAGGUCACUUUGACAUUAUGUAUUUAAUUGGUUUCCACUCUUUGUUUCAUCAAAGGCUAAGUCACAUUAAUAUGAUAAGAUUAACUCUUAUGGGCAGUUUUGUUGCAAAAUGUCCUGUGUCAAGGCCCUGAUUGGGGGAGGGGCAUCUGUCUCGGACUUCGGCGCUCUUGUUUUAUUUCAUAUUAAUUGACUUUUUUUGUAAACAUAUCAUACAUUUCUAUGUUGUUUUUAUUAUAAUACUCAUAUAAUUUUGAUUUGAUUUUCAAAACAAUGUAAACAGACCUGUUGAAAUCCUUUCUGUUAUAUAUAAAAUAAUAUAAAAUAUAGUUUUUCCUGCAUGCAGGAAACCAAAUCCCAUCUUGAAUGUUAAUAUUAUAGUAUGAGUACAAAUUUCUCUUUAACCAGAUGUAGAUUCGGGAUUUUGGUUAACAUGGGAUGGCAUAUUGAACCGUAAGCAACUGUUUAAAAACACAUCAAACUUUAUACUUAAUUGUACUUUGCACAGACAUAAAUUUAAGCAAGUUCUUAUAACAUACUAUGUUUGUUUGAUAUACAUUUUUAGCUCACCUGAGCACAGCGUGCUCAUGGUGAGCUUUUGUGAUCGCCUUUUGUCCGUUGUGCGUUGUGCGGCGUCAACAUUUGCCUUGUUAACUCUGUAAAGGCCACAUUUAUUUCCAAUCUUCAUGAAAUUUAGUCAGAAGAUAAGUCUCAAUAAUAACUUGGAUGAGCUCGAAAAUGGUAACGUUUGAUUGAAAAACAUGGCUGCCAAGGGGCAGGGCAUUUUUCCUUAUCUGGCUUUAGUAAAAUCUUGUUGACAUUCUAGAGGCGACUAAACCAGUUGCGGAAUAGAAUUAAAUAAUUAAACGAGACUUAUCUUGGUUUACUCGAUGUUUGAUUGUAAUUCUAUGAGCAAUGGGAGUUUAGGAGGCAUUAAUGACACCUCAAUAUUCUGUUAGCUUUUGUCAUUUGUUCUGGCAUUUGGAGGCAACAAGUCCCAAACUAACUGAUUACAUUUGACGACUGCAAGUCCGUCAUAAUUAGCUGGCCGCGGCAACAUGUCAUCUUUCAACAGAUCAUUGUAUUGAUCUUCAUCCAUGCCUUUACGAAACAGAGUAGUAAUAUUUUCGGCUAGAACUGGAUCAAUAUCGGCUGAUGUUGUCUCUUGACCCUUAAACCUUUUUGCAAGGGAAGAAAAAACAACUGUCACGUUCUAUUCUAGCAUUGUUAAUAUCAUCCCUACUCCCCUCAAGGGGUCUUUUACUGCCCGACUGCGUCGGAAUAGCCUAACUAAAAUCAUAGUUUCCAUCCAAAUCAAUACAAUCCUCACCGUAGCCUCCAUAAUCUUCAUAUUGGUCCGUGUUUUCCAGGUCCUCGACCCUCUUACAAACAUUAUUUAACAUCUCCUCCAAUUUGUCCAUUUUACAUUUCAUUUCCAUGAGCAAGCUUAUCUUGCUUAUCACUCUGAGUCUGAGUCUUUUUCAUCGAAAGAGACUGUUUGUUUGCCGGUUUUUUAGUUUCUUUUGUUGUUUUGACACAUUUAUCUUUUAGCACUCGUCUGCGGCGAGUUAAUGUCUGCCAUUUUUCCAAUUUAAGUACGCACCACGUGCGAUACACAAAUGGCUUAAAAACUACUAUUAAAACAGCCCAAACGGACCCAAACUAUAAAUCCAAACGUAAACAAACUCUUAAUGAUACACUAUACGCAAAUAAAAUAAAGUGUCACAAACUUAAACUGCGUACACAAACUGAAAAAUAUUCUACCAAAAUGAAUUGCGAACCUCGUCCGCCAUAUUGCGUCAGCACACUGAUUGCGUAUGCGCAGCAAAUAUCUCAUUUAAUGACGACUAAACCAGUUGCGGAAUAGAAUCAUAUGCAAUAAUAGGUACCUGGUAGUAUGGAUAUAAACUUUGUCAUUGUUAUUCAAUGAUUCUAUCAUGGUACUUUCACCAUUCCUGUUGCUGUAGAUUAGCAAUAAAUCUUUAAGUUGUUUAUAAAUAGUUAUAAAUACUUUACAUUGUAAUUGCCCAAUAUUUAGUCAGAAUCCGGUAAGAAUCAAAAUAAUUUUAUUUAUUUUAUGCUUUUUAUGCUGCACCACUCGUGAAAAUAUUAAUUUAUAUGAUCACUCGUGAAAUAAAAUCGAUAUUCCAUCAAAUCCAAAAAAUAGCCUCUAUUUAUUUUAUGCUUUCCGUUGGUUUGUAGAGACAUAUCAGUGAAAUAAAACUGAUAUUUCUCUGUUUCAAACAGUGAAAAAUAACAGUGAAAAUUAUCAAUAAUUUUCGCUGUAUUACUGUGAAAGUACGUCAUUUUGUUGACUAAAUUAUGUCAUUAUUUCAGAAAAAUUCUCAAGUAAAGCUCUUUGGCAAUGUAAAUAAACGGUGAAUAAAAGCAUAAAAUAAAAAGAAAAUGUGUUGGAUUCGGUGGAAUAUCGAUUUUAAUUCAGAAGUGAUCAUAGAAAAUAAAAAAAAUUCUGUGAUCACUAGUGUUUAUUUCAUUGUUUAUCUAAAAAGAAAAAUAUUAUGUCAUGUAAAUUGUUUCUUAUACGAAUAAAAAAUGAGUUUAUGUUUACAAAAAAAAUACAAAAUUGAAAUGAAAUAUACCUUGUUAGCUUUUGAUGCCCACGAUAUGGUGGCAUAUAGCAGUUGAACUGUCCGUCAGUCUGUCCGUCCGAAAACUUUAACAUUGCCCAUGACUUUUGCAAUAUUGAAGAUAGCAACUUGAUAUUUGGCAUGCAUGUGUAUCUCAUGGGCUGCACGUUUUUAGCAGUGAAAGGUCAAGGUCAACAUUCAAGGUCAUAGGUCAAUAACAAAAAAUCAUCCCUCAAGGUCAAAGGUCAAAUAUAUGGCUUCAAAGCGGCGCAGUAGGGGCAUUGUGUUUAUGACAAACACAUCUCUUAUUAGUUUAAAUCUCUGUGGCUUCUUGUAAAAGUAAGUGCAGUCUUAUCAUUUGAUGGAGGACAUUGAGCUGAAGUGCAAUUUUUAGGAAACUUUAAUCAAGGGCCCACUAUUUUUCUUAAGUUGCCUUAAGUUUUCCGUUUUUAGAUCUACUGUCCAUAGGCCAGAAGAGCUUAUGGGAUGGCAUGGUGUCUGUCUGUCUGUGUGUGCGUCAGACUUUCUCUUGUUUUUCCGAUAAAGUCCACAUUUUUCAUCCUAUUCUUUUCAAACUUGUUCAGUGUGUUGAUAUUAAUGAGGACUCAAACCCUACAGAAAAUGGGUUACAUCAGAGUAAAAAGUUUAGAGUUAUCUCCCCUUGAAUUUGAGAAAUUUGUGAAAUAAGGCUUGUUUACACAAAAAAGUCCACAGUUUCAUCCAAUCAUUUUCCAACUUUCACAGUGUCAUUAUCUGAAUGAUGAGUCAAACCCUAUUGUAAAUGAGCAAUAUCGGAGUUAUAAAUCCAGAAUUAUCUCCCCUUGAAUUUGAGAAAAAAUAAAAAUCUUUAACAUUUUGCCAUAACUUUUGCAAUAUUGAAGAUAGCAACUUCAUAUUUGGCAUGCAUGUGUAUCU